CCAGAACUUCCGGUUUGACAGAAGUAAACAUCACGUUAUUCUGGGCUUAUUUCCGCUUAUUGCACCAAAGAUAUGAAACGUGCCUCGUCCUUAGUAUAGGUGUUUGGUUGUGAAUAACCACUGAGGCAGAAUUUUGUAUCUGUGCUUGAAAUUCGAAUGAUAUUCACGUUUUUAUUUUAAUUUUUCUAUUUCGCGCUUUGAAAGCGCUGACCCAGCAACUGCAUUACCCGUGAUCCUUUGGUCGCAUGGAAGUCACGAGGGGUUGGGUGUUUCUGUCCUUUAGAGAGGUGUGUUAAUGCCAUGGUUUCGUUUGGUAGGUCCCGAACUUUUGAAGUCCUUCUCCUGGACCAGUGAUGGGAGCCGAACUCACCGCAGACUGAACCGCAGUUUGGAUCUGGGAAUUUGCGACAAUGCACAUGACUUUCGGGGUGUUCAGCAGUGUCACGCUGCUGUUUGACUUCUGGGAUGUGCACAGUCCGGCAGGGAUGGUGCUGUCCGUGCUGCUGGUUCUGCUGCUCGCGCUCUUUUACGAGGUGCUCAAAGUGUGGAGGGUGUGGCUGAGCGGCUCCCAGCUGGCCGUGCGCGCGCCCGCGUGCACGCCCCCUCCGUCCGUGCACAGUGAAAGCGCCUCCAUGCUGGAGGGCAGCCCGGAGACCUCCCUGGCCCCCGUGGAGCUGCACACCUCUGGCCCCAACAGCUGGCUGCUGCAUGUGAUCCAGACCGCCCUCCAUGUGCUGCAGGUGGUUCUGGGAUACAUGCUGAUGCUGUGUGUCAUGUCCUACAACACCUGGAUCUUUCUGGGCGUGGUCCUGGGUUCCGUCCUGGGUUACUUCCUCUCGUUUCCGCUGCUGGAUCAGAUGCAGUCCUUCAGAUUGGUGUGAUGAUGGAGGACUGACGUGGCGUUUUUGUGGAUUGAUGGCGCUCAACAAAAAGGACAUAAAUGUUUCUUCAGGUCUUUAGAUACUAAGAAAUGUUUUUUGGAAAGUUGGUUUUGAUCUGCAGAUGAAGAGGAGCUGCUGCCUUCAUCAGUCAGAAAAGAAAAGAGGAAAUGGGUUUGAUAUUUCUGAAGCAGAUAUCCCUCCUUUUUGUUUGGUUUUUUUGGAUUUUCAGUUCUGUGUUUUUGACAUAAAUAAAAAAGGGCUUCUGAUUGUU